CUAAAGAGAGUUUACACAGCACACGAUCCCAUAUAUGAUGAUGGAAGAAGAAACGACAAUUAUGGCGGCAAUCUCCACUCUCCGCCCUUCUCAGCUUUCAGAUCUCAGUUACUCCAUCUUCUCCCUUUCUUUCCAUCACCGCCGCCGUCUUUGCCACCUUCUCUCCUCCCCUUGUCUCUUCUUUCUCACCCUCCACCGCCUCCACACUCUAUCACUCCCCCAAAAGACCCUCCUCAUCGCCCGCCACCUCCUCUUUUCCCUCCAUCACCUCACCUGUUACUUCCAGCCUCCACCUCCACGGCUGUCAAACCGUUCCACCACCAUAAACCACCGCGAUCUUGACGCCGUCCUCCUCCUCCUCUUUCUUUGUGAAGCAUACCAUGAUAACCCGGAAGCACUCGAGAGACCGCACGGUGAAUGGCGCCAAGUCUUAGCUAGUAUAUGCUCCAACAUCACGUUGAAGAUCACCGGUAUCACUGGCAUCUUCGACGGUGCUGCUUUGAUCCCGUAUAUCGAAAUGGUGACGAGGUGUAAGAGGCUGCUAGGAAUAAUGGGAUGCGGUGGGAAAGAAGGGAAGGAGGUGGCCGCAUCACCGGAAGCGGUGGUGUCGUUGCCGGCGGUGGAGGUGAGAGGCGGUGGCGUGGAGUGCGUGAUAUGCAAAGAGGAGAUGAGAGAAGGACGAGAGGUGUGUAAGUUGCCGUGCCAGCAUUUGUUCCAUUGGAUGUGCAUAUUGCCAUGGCUGAAGAAGAGGAACACUUGCCCUUGCUGCAGGUUUCAGCUUCCUUGUGACAAUAUAUUCGGCGAGAUCCAAAGGCUGUGGGGUGUCCUGGUCAAGGCCGGUGGCAAAAGUCUUGAUGAUGAAUGGUCGUGAUUAAAUGUUGGCAACGAACGACACGUGGGAGAAUCAGAGUGUCGUGUCGGGGGAGGUUUACUUGGUGAAAGGCUGGGAGGAAUUGGGUGAAGGCGAUCACUUAUUCUUAUGAUAAGGACACAUGUGGUUUACGUUUAGAUAUCAUAGUGCCUUACAGAAUUCGAUUUUGAUAUCAUUUUAUAAUCCUAAACCAAUCCAUAUAUAAUAUAUGCAUAGCUUACGUAUACUGAAAGGGUGGAAUUG